GUUCGUCCUAUUCCUCUCUUUCUCGCGUUUAUUCUGGGAUACUGAUAGGUCUCGGGUAUGAACAACAGCCCUCGCAAGCAUCGGGCUCCUCAUCGACCCAUCGACACGCUCUCGUCGCCACAGAAGCCGAACUUCAGGACACCGUCGGACGGAACCAAGGACAGGCGCAUACGGGAGGCUUCCCCAGACGACCAAGAAAACUCCUACCUAGCGACGAGUGAGAGCGAACACAGCCCCUCCUCUCUCCCAGGCGACCGUUCCGAGCCCCACUUCUUAGGCCACUCCAGCUCUCUUUUCGACGAAGACUACAGCGGAGCUGCUCUACACACUCCACCCGCAUUCAAUUCUCGGAAAUCAACCACAACAAACAAGGACACUGGGCGCAGGCUGGACGGAAUGGUUCGAGAACGGGAGCCACCGGCGCCUCAGCCGCGUACACAGCCACCCGGCCCUCGAGCCCUGCAGGAGCUCACCAACACAGCGCCAGAGUUCGGGAAGACGAGCCCCCUCCGGAAUUCGCUGCAGAAGGAUGCGCAGACGGAUCCAUACUCGCAUCUCUUCAAUGUGCCCAAACCGGGGCAGGCUAGGCCAGAACAUCACAGGCAACCAGCCCGAAUACCCUCGCAGCCGCCGCCGACAUUCCAGAGCAACUCAUAUCAACUGUCGGGUCAAGUACAACAGCGCAUCCCGUCACAGCAGGGCAUACCUCCGCGUACCAACGCCUCGGAUCGUCCCACACAGCCCUUCCAGGUCCGUUCCCAAGUAGGUUCACGUUACAGCACGGCAUCCACUGGCUCUGAUAUUCUUGAGAUACCCGCAUCGCAAUUCCAGCCUCGCCACCCUUCUUACCAGGGUGUUCCUCUGCCCAGGCCCAUGAAUCCCCCUGCACAAACCAUCAAACCGGGUCCUCGGCCUAUAUAUUCUUCCUUGGGCCACGCUAAUGGAUUCCAGCCGGUGAACCAGGGUUACAAUAAUCCAUUCCACGGAUCCAGGCAGACUGUCAUUCUCGACGAUCUCCCGUCAAAGCGGGCAGCCGGCGGUGACGAUGACUUUGAUCCGGAUGCCGCCAUUCGGGCCGAAGGCCAUCAGUUUGGUGCCCCGGAUAUGUUCGCAUAUGUGGACUCGUCCAAGGCCAACGAGAACAUUAAGGCGCUUCUAGAGGGUGCUCUCGACGAGGAUAACGAGAAAAUUCCCCGGACGCGCGGCCGUAAGAAAAAGAAACAACAGGACGACGAGGCUAAGAAGUCCCUGGCCGAGCGACUCCAGGCAUUAGAGGUUAAGGAAGACAAGGAGACUCAGGCUGAAGAGGAGGAAGAUGAAGAGGAGGACGAUGGCACUGUCGAGGGGAUGAAGGUCAAACUCCUCCCUCACCAAGUUGACGGAGUUGCGUGGAUGAUAGAAAAAGAGACCGGCGCCCACAACAAGCGGGGCAAACUCCCCAAGGGAGGUAUCCUUGCAGAUGACAUGGGUCUCGGAAAGACCAUACAGUCUAUUGCACUGAUCCUCUCCAAUCCUCGCCCAGAAGAGGGCGUUGAACCUGAGAACAAGAAGAACAAGAUUCUGCCCACUGUCGGCAAAGGCACGCUCAUCGUCGCCCCUCUGGCGCUCAUCAAGCAAUGGGAGUCGGAAAUCGACACUAAGGUGAUGAAGUCGCACAGCUUAAAAGUCCUUGUCCAUCACGGUUCGAACCGCACAAAGUCGGCGGAUAAGCUGAAGACAUACGAUGUGGUUGUUACGACCUAUCAGGUCCUAGCUUCGGAGCAUGCGAGCUGUGGGGAAGGACCCGAUGGUCUCAAGAAGGGUUGCUUCGCUGUACACUGGUACCGGACCAUCCUGGACGAGGCACAUACGAUCAAGAACCGCAACGCGAAGAUGACCAAGGCAUGCUACGAUAUUCGAUCGCAUUAUCGUUGGUGUUUGACAGGAACCCCGAUGCAGAACAACCUUGACGAGCUCCAAAGCUUGAUUAAGUUCUUGCGCAUCCAGCCUUAUUGCGAACUGUCGAGCUGGAAGGAAUCUAUCACCGGUCCGAUGAAGAACGGUCGAGGCAAUCUUGCAAUGAGACGGCUCCAGAUCUUCCUGAAGGCGUUCAUGAAGCGUCGGACGAAGGAUGUGUUGAAGAAGGAGGGCGCGCUCAACUUCGGAGGCAAGGCUAAAGACGGCGAGGAGAAGGGUGGCUUUCAGAUCGUGGCCCGCAAUGUUGAGACUGUGAUUGGGGAAUUUACCGCAAAAGAGCGUGCUUUCUACGACCGCCUAUCUAACCGCGCCGAGUCCCGUCUCGCCGAGAUGAUGGGCGGUGAGAAACAGGACUACAUUGGAGCCUUAGUGUUGCUGCUCCGGUUGCGACAGGCCUGCAAUCACCCCAACUUGACCAAGAGCAACGUCAAGGACGAUAAGGAUGCUCUGACUACCGGGUCAAAGUCUGGUACACAGACUGGUUACCAAACUCCCCGCAAAACAAAGGACACAGAUGCAGAUGGCCUUGCCGAUCUCCUCGGUGGCCUGAGCGUUCAAACGAAGCGCUGCGAUAUCUGCCAGAAUGCUUUGACACGCGAGAACACCUCAGCUGGCGCAAUUCGGUGUACAGAGUGCGAAAACGAUCUGAACGCAUCGGUUGGGAAGCCCAAGAAGCACAAGAAGCCCCGGAAGCACAAGCACAAGGAUGGCAAAGACAAGAAGGAUCGGAAGUCGAAGGCUGCCGACGGAGAGGGUUCAAAAGCUCCAAAAGCCCCCCGUCAGCGUCGCAUCGUCGUAGAUAGUGACGAUGAAGAUGAGGGCGAAUGGCUUGUACCCGAAGGCGAGCAAGGCGGUACCGAUCUCGGCAAGGCUGGAGGAACAGACGACGAGAAUGUUGAAGGUGGUGGGGAGUCGCUCGUGUCAAUCGACUUAGAAGACUCUUGCGUUAGCGACACUGAAGGGACCAUGGGUUCUUUUAUCGAGCACGACACCGACAGUGAGGAUGACGGUCCAAUGAUUCGAAAGAAGCAGGUGAAGAAGUCCAAGGCUGUUAUUAGCCUGGACUCUGACGAUGAGUCCACCUCGGAGAGUGAGUCCGAGAGCGAAGAUUCUGGCUCUGAAGCCGAUUCAGAAGAAGACUCAGAGACAGGAGAGUCGGAUCUGGAAUACGAUGCUUCAGAUCUCACGCCUUCUACCAAGAUUCGCCAGCUACUCACCAUUCUAGAGAAGGAAACAGAUGGCCAUAAGGUUAUCGUCUUCUCGCAGUUCACCUCGAUGCUCGACCUCAUCGAACCCUUCCUCCGACGCGCAGGCUACAACUUCACACGAUACGACGGCAGCAUGCGCAAUGAUCUCCGCGAAGCUAGCUUGCACAGGUUGCGCAAUGACAAGCGAACUCGCGUACUACUCUGUAGCUUGAAGUGCGGUAGUCUUGGACUCAACCUCACAGCCGCUAGCCGCGUCGUCAUCAUGGAGCCCUUCUGGAAUCCUUUCGUCGAAGAACAAGCAAUCGACCGCGUCCACCGCCUCAACCAAACCGUCGACGUAACCGUCUACCGCCUCUCCAUCCACGACUCAGUCGAAGAGCGCAUCCUCGAGCUCCAAGAAGCAAAGCGUAAGCUCGCGGAAGCAGCCAUAGAAGGCGGAAAAGCCAUCGGCAAGCUGUCAAUGAAGGACAUCCUCAACCUCUUCAAGCGUGACGCCGAGUUCGACCACCAGAAUGUGGAUGAUGGCUCCGAGCGGGACAUCUUUGCUAGGACGAGGGUGCUCGAGAAUCGUGGUCCGGUUGUGGGUGGCGGCGUUGUGGACAAGGGGCCGUCGGGGUUGAUGGAGCGUGGGGAGAGUACGGCGGCGAGGAUUGCGAGGAAGGCUGGGAGCUUGGGGUUCAAGAGGGCGGAGGAUAGUGUUUGGGGACGGCGGUAAGCGUGAACGUGUCCCUGUCGCUGCGGAGGCGGCGUGCGUGCCGGUGUAAUGAUCAUUCCAUGAUGGUGCUACACCCCGUCAAGGCGUUUUGGAUAGGGCUACGAGCUUUGGGUAUCACAGCUUGUGUAGACUUGGCGCGUUCGGUCUAAUAUCUCUCUACAUAUUCGGUAUUCAUGGGUCACCGCUGUUAGCGGCUAUUCACUAGAUUCCCCGUGUGUAUGUUCUUAUGAUGAGAACGGCGGGCGGCAGACUCUAGUCGGUGCAUAUGAUCGCGAAUCGACGUCCUCCUGACUCUC